AUGAGCCUGACCACUAGCGAAACACCAACUAUGUUUUCUUACCCGGUUGUCGUUCUGCGGGUGUUUCAGCUCCUUACCGUCGUCGCGCCCACCACCUUCCUCGCUGCUGCCACGAUCAUCAACUCAUUCUCCGAAACCAAAGAGCCCAAAGAAUCGAACCUGCGCAAGUUUCAACUGGGCUCAGCUUGUAUCGCCGCAUUAUUGUCUUCUGCAGAGGCAGUGAUUGACCUUAAGAGAUCUGACCCAUACCAAAUCUCCGACCCGGACGCAGUCUACGCGCUCUUCCUUAGUCUGGUCUGGGUUAUCCUCUCGCUUAGUCUCGUUGGAACCCACAUCAGCACGUCAUACCCCCAUAUUGGAACUUGGACGAUUCUCCUCGUCUGCCAAAGCACGGUCUUUGCACUAUCAUUGCCUGGUACAUCCUUGGAAGACAAGCACCUACUCGCACGGUCCAUUGUUCAAGGGGCCCAACUAGCAGUUGAGAUCGGGCUCCUCGGAGACAGCCUUUUGAUUGGCUUCGUACGAGGAAAGGAAAUUGUAGGAAAUGGCGAUGAAACGCGACCGUUGCUAGGAAAUGAAUCAAGUCCGCACCCCUCGGGCUCACAUGGGGACACUCAAACGCCAAAUGAGGAAGAAACGGACAGACAGCGCAUACGAACGAGGCCAUUCUGGCAGUACCUGGGCUCUUUCAAACUCUUUGUGCCCUAUAUGUACCCAAGAUCUUCACAAAUGCGGAUGUACUUUGCGGGGAUGUUUGUCGCCAAUGUCUCGACAAGGAUCGUGACGAUUGCCCUCCCUCUCAGUCUCGGCAGUGUCAUCAACGGCCUUGGAGAAACGAACCCUUGGAAGGCUAUGGCUGUCUACGUGUUCCUCUGGUUUUUGAUGUCACACGCAGCUCUCCCACUCAUUGAAACCUGGCUAUCAUGGCGGGUAAGGGCUGAUCUGGUCGUCGCAUUACAGCGGCAUUGCUACGGUCACAUCAUGAAAUUGUCCGCCGACUUCCACGAUUCCAAGAGAUCUUCAAUCAUCUGGCAGACGAUGAGCCAAGGUCAAGAUGUGAUUGACUUGCUCCAUGACGGGUUGUUUCAAACGUUGCCUACAAUAGCCGACUUGGUCUUUGCAACCGUGGUCCUUACAUGCCUCUUUGGGCUCUACAUGACCUUCAUUAUCGCAUCCAUGUUGGUUCUGUUCUUCGGGCUGACCUUCAAGACGCUCAUGAGGAAGCGAUCUAUGCGUCGAUCUUGGGUCGAUGCGUAUCACGAGCAGUAUUACCAGAUGAGCGAAUCCUCACUGAAUUGGUCCGCAGUAUGCCACUUUGGACGCAUCCCCUAUGAGAUCCAGAGGUACAGGGAGAAAGGCGACACUACUCAGGACAGGAUGCUGAUUUUGUGGUUGUAUGAGUUUUGGACCCAAGGUCUACGCUACCUGAUACCUUGCAUCAGCUUUGUGGCCGCAUGCAGCGUGGCCGCCCUGCAAAUAUCACAUCAUCAGCACAGGAUUGGUGAUUUUGUGGUUCUGAUCACAUACUGGGCACAAGUCACCGGCCCCUUGACCACUCUGGCAACCGCAACAUCAGGGGUAACUGAGAAGCUCGUCAACGCAGAGAAGCUGGUGGUGAUACUGGAAAAGCAGCCACGCAUUCAGGACUUGCCAGAUGCUCGACCCUUCGUGUUCCUCGAAGGCGCAGUCGAGUUUGAGAAUGUGUCUUUUUCCUAUGACGGCAAACGACAAAUCGCAAAAGGCAUUACUUUCCGUGCAGCACCUGGGAAGACUGUGGCGUUAGUCGGACAGACAGGAGGCGGCAAGAGUACCAUUCUGAAACUUCUUUUCCGGUUCUACGACGUUGAUCAAGGCCGCAUCUUGAUUGACGGGCAAGAUAUCAGGCCCAUGAAUAUGGAAAGCUUCCGCAAACACAUUGGCAUGGUUCCUCAGAGUCCCGUCGUAUUCAACAUGUCAGUGCUGGACAACGUUAGAUACCCUGAUAUUGACUGUACGGAGGAAGAGGCUAUCGACGCUUGUAAAGCAGCAGCACUACACGACAAAAUCAUGUCAUUUACUCACGGUUAUCAUGAAAAGGUGGGCGAGCGUGGCACCAAGCUCUCGGGUGGUGAGCUUCAACGGCUUGCAAUUGCGCGGGCGAUCCUGAAAAAGGCGGAUAUUUUGCUCCUGGACGAAGCCACUAGCAGUGUUGACAGCAUCACGGAGAAGAAGAUUCAAGAUUGCAUCCGUCAACUAUGUGCCGGCAAGACCACGUUUGUGAUCGCACACCGACUGUCUACAGUCGUGCAUGCCGAUCAGAUUCUCGUGAUUGAGGACGGCCAGAUUAUCGAGUCUGGCACACAUGACACUCUCCUCAAGCAGAAUGGUGCUUAUAAUGAGCUAUGGAGCAGCCAACUUCGCCUGCAGGCUGAGGGGAGCAAGUCGAAGUCCCAAACGUCCUUCUCACCGAAAACAGAUGCAUUGGUCCUGGUCAACGAUAUGAGUUCUGGUGAGCAAGAGACCCAGACUUUGGUGGAGAGUACAACGAGAGGAAGUGAGAAUCAAGAUACAGAGUGCAGAGCUCCCGAGUCGACCCGCGAUCCAUCAAGCAUCCACGAACACCAGCAUCGAAGCCAUCAAGCAUCGCAUGAUGCUGUAGACACGCGAGACAGGACGAACGCCAAACGACUUGCGUGUGCGUUGGUUGCGAGAUUGCCACGGUCAAAAUCGCCAGGGAAAGGUGGAUCGUCAGAGUCAAGCCUGAACCCCGACGCGCGCACAUUUCGGCCUCGAAGAUUCCAGGAUUGUAACAACACUACAAGUGUUACAACUGGUGACCCCAGGACUGCGACUGAAGGUCACUACGGGACUUCCUUUGGCGCCUACUCAGCCAAAGCCAGACUCGAGACGAACCUUUCCAAUCAAGAGAACGACAUCAAGUGGUCUACGGCGAAAGGUCUUGGGGAUUCACCCGACGUUGCUUCGAAACCCCGGUCACCAUUGCUUUUCCCGCUGAAACGAAAGUGGGUCGGUCAAGGUCGUGAGGCUUUGGGAAGUGACGAAGACCAUUCCAUUAGGAGCACACAAGAAACACAUGCGGAGAGCGAAGGUGUCAAAGCCGAAAGUCCCGGUUGGCAAACCGAUCAACCAGAGUUGGAGGAGACCACAGCACUAGCGGGAAACAAUCGCCGGCGGUUGACUGCAAGCGAACCUUUCCUCUGGAGCAUUGAUGUUGAAGAAGAGUCGGACGAAUCAUCAGCAGAUGUGAACGUUCAACAGUCGGCGAAAUACUCGAGGCUCCCACAACCUUCAUGCCCAAGAACUGUGUCAGCUAUGGAGAGAAAGACGGGCGUGUCAAAUUCAGAGGAUGUGAUUGAAGGGAACGAGGCUGAAGCAUCCGCUGAUACCGCAGCGACGAGCCCAACUAUUCCCAGUCCAACAUCGCACCUGAGGGUCCCUGCCAACUCCCCUGCAUAG